UCUUAUCUUGGAUUUUUAGCCCGUCAUAACUUAUAGACAUGAAUAUACCGAUAAAAGGCACAUACAGAGAGACCAGAAAUGUAAAGUGACAAGUGAGAAGACAAAUAAAAAUUACAAAAAAAUAAAAAUAAAUAAAAUAAAAAGAAACAUUCAAUGGGGUAUGCACUAGCAAGUUGUACGUGGGUGUUCUACAUAUGUUCCAAUCAAGCACACACAGACAAAGGCAUGUCUUAAUUUUUAGGUCUUGCUAUAUUAAGACCUUGUAACUGUAAAAUAGUGCUAUCUAGUUCUAUACAUAGCACACAUCAUUUAUUGUUGUUGCAUCAUUCACAAACUCCAUCUUUCAAUCUUGCUGUUAAACCAAACUUCCAUAACCAAUCGUUGCAAAUUCCUUGCCACAUGGAUCUUCAAAGGCAAGAGCCAUGCCCUUCCAUGGUCACUCAAACAGAAAAGGAGGGUCACAAACAACCACAUGACUCAGUUCCUCGUUUUUUACUAGAUCUAAGUCUCUCCACCAAGGACUCAGGUGACGACUCAAAGCCAGAACUCAAUCUCCUCAAUUGUUUCCAUGCAAAUUUCUCUGAAAAUUCCUCCGAAUCUAGCCAUGAAAAUGAACUGGAUCCCAGGGUUUUCUCAUGCAACUACUGCCAAAGAAAGUUCUAUAGUUCUCAGGCACUAGGGGGACACCAGAAUGCACACAAACGUGAAAGAACUUUGGCAAGAAGAGGAUACAAAGCUGGUGCAGCAGAUUUUGGACACACAUACUCCAACAUGCCUUUUCUGCCUUCACAUGGCUUAUACAACAAAGCACUUGGAAUUCAGGUUCAUUCUAUGAUUAACAAACCUUCUUUUCAAACACCCUUUUUUGGGCGGUGCCGUUCCAAUGGAUGUCAGAGGCAGCCUUUGGAUUCACAACCGGCAAUAGGGAAUUUUCGUGUGGGGGCAGAAACUGAGUCAUCCUUGGUUGAUAGUGUUCCAAAGUUAGGCAAGUUUUCAACAAGGUUGGUGACGGAGGGUUUUGGAGGUUACUGCUUUGGUAGCAUUACUCAUUUGAAGUCUAAGCAAGAGAAGUUGCAGAAGCUGGACUUGUCCCUCAAGCUCUAAGUAGUUACUCUCCAACAUGUCAUACCCCAUUACCGCAGUUUAUUUGUGUCUUUUCUCAUUGGCACCUCUUUCCUCUCUCACUUCUUUUGUCCUCAUGUAUCUCUAGAUCCAGCAAGUCAAUGCAUUUUGGCUACUUACCAGAUGUUGUGUUUUGCUUUUAAUGUUGUUUGCUUUAUUUUGUCAUGAAUAAUGAUUCUACAUGGAAUUAUUUCCAUGUUAAAACAUCCAUCAAGCUUUGAAUUGCUUUGUAAUAGCAUGAGUACAUCAAACUAAGAGCCUAUAGAGGUAGGGAAGUUAGGUCCUCACUGCUUUGAUCUGUUCAAUAAUUGAUUAUAAAAUUAUAAAAGUUGAUGGA